AUGGACAAUGCAAACGGAUAUAGAAAAACUAUUGUUUAUUUAAUAAACCAUGAAAUUCCUACAUUAAAAGAAUUAUAUUGUGUCGAGGUUCCAGAGAAAGAUAAUAAGGAAUGUUAUGAAACUCUUGAAUUCAUUAAAUUAGAUAAAGAAGAAGAUAUUUUAUAUGAUAUUGCUUAUCGUAGUUUAACAAUCUAUGACGAAGUAUACUUUUAUAAAAUUAAUAAUACAUAUUAUGUUAAAUCAAAAUUAGCUAGUAUUGAUCGAUAUGGAGAUGAAUGCCCUCUAGAAUUUAUUGAUAUAAUAGCUAGUAUUUGGUAUCGCGAAACAUGUGAAUUUGUACCUGAGACUACAUUAACAUUUUAUAAGAGUAGAGAAUAUGAAUAUACAGAACAUGAUGAUAAUUUAUUUUCAUUAUAUCAUUUAGAAAGUUUUACAGAUUUUAAAUUAUCAAAUAGAAUUGAAGAUAUAGCUAGAGUUUUUAAAAUAAAGGAUAAACAAGAUAUGUUAGAAAUAGAACAUAGAAUUGAUCAUGAAUGGAAAAGAUGGUAUGUAUUUAUUGAUCAAGAUUCUAUUGAAGUUAGAGAUAUGUAUCAACGAUUUGAUGAAGUUGUUGUUUAUAAAUAUAAUGAAUUGGAACUGAUACUAGAAGAAUUAUUAACAGAUUGGAUCUGGUGA